AUGCCAGAUUUAUCAGCACCCGUCCAGGCUGUCAGUGCCGCCGUACAAAACCUUGUUCUGGUAAGUAAACACAACAACAUUUGAAAAACACCAAGCGAUAUUGCAAUCAUGGCUUUAAACCAGUUGCUUUCAAUCUGCUCUCAAUACAAUUAUUACAAUUAUACAAUUUGGUCAUUUUCGCAUUUUUAAGAUCCAAAAAAGUUAGAUCCAAUGAUUUCCGGGUUUGCAGUGCUCACAGUUUGCUGCUCAAUGAGUUCAUUUCCAUCAUUAGAGAGGUUAAGAUUGACGUUUAAGGCAGACCGCAAACGGCAAACUUCAAGUUGUGUCUAAAAACUUGUCAAAACCUUCGGAAAUUCAUAGAAUUUACCUUCAAAUGCGAUUUCAAGUUUGCCAUUUGUGUUUGGUGGUCUACUGUAAACAUCAAUCUUAACCCGUGGCUCUCUAAUAACCCAUUAAGCUGCUGCCCUACGUUUGAUACCCUCUAACAUCAGACAACUUUACUCAUGAAGUGGAGAGUGCUGCCACUUAAUGGGUUUAAUUACCAAAUUGAAUUUCUCCAGGUUGGCAAACAAACAAUGGAGGACAGUAAAGAUCAGAUUUUGAAACAAGAAAUGCCUCUAGCAUUCUCAAGAGUGGAAGAGUCAUCAAGGUUGUUGGUCGGUGCAACACAGAUAUUUAAGAAUGAUCCUACUUCACCCGAAGGAAGAAAGAAGUUACUGGAUGGAGCCAGAGGUAUUCAGAAUGAAAGUGUUGACAGAGUUUUCAUAGAAUUAGUCACAUAGCACAUUGUAUAUUGCAUAAUAUUAUAUACUGUAUCAUCAUUAUCAUUCUGACAUCUAUCUUCUGACAGGUGGUCAGACUCUUUGUAACUUGUAUGAGUAAAAAUAUAUACAUGAACUUGCAGUUACUGUAGAGCUCAACAACUGGCCUCUGUACAGUAGCUCAGUUGGUUGAAAUCUCACGCUGCCAGACUGCCUAUCCAGAGAGCACCCAGAGUGCAUCCAGAGAAAACUCACGACUUUCGGCAGAGUGUUGACUGACUCUUUUCACAUGAGUCCGUAGCCAGAAUUGAACCCACAAUCUCAGAGUUGAAAGGCACUUGCCCUGACGACUGCACCGCCGAAGCCCCUUUGAGUAUCAGUUGGUAUUUAUUAAUUUGGGGGAUGUAAGAGAGAAUUAAAUAUUUAUAUGCUGGUCUACUAGUUGAGUAACACAUUUUAUGUUUAUUCUAUUACAAAGGGAUCUUAUCUGGGACAUCGGCAAUGCUGUUGACAUUUGAUGAAGGCGAAGUCCGUAAAAUUGUUGCUGUGUGCCGUGGUGUCAUAAAAUACCUUCAAGUGGCUGAAGUUGUAGAAAGAAUGGAAGACCUCAUUACUUUCGUGAAAAACCUCACACCAGGAGUGACGAACAUGGCGAAACAGGUGGAAGCACGGGCCAAAGAGUUGACCCACGUUGCCCAUGCAGACAUCUUAGACCAACGUGUGGCUAGUGUGAAGAAAAUGAUUCCAUUGUUGAUUUCAUCCAUCAAGACUUUUGUCACCACAGGAACAGGUAAUCAUUGUAAGAGGUUUUGAUUUAAUCACUCAUGAUCAAUGUGCUCAAACUAGGUUCAAAGCAUGCUGCUUAGUGCUGUUUGCCGGAGUUCUGCCAUUUUUUGGUCACCCGGAGUAAUUGCAGUGCUUUCUUCCUGCUCUGGCUGAAAAGUCAAAAUGACAAGAGAUGUGACAAUUUCGAAGAAUUUAGGGUUGGUUACAAAUGGUGGCAACAUUGAAUUUGCUAAAAGUAAUGUAUAAUUUGAAGUCAUAUCUGUCAUGUCAAACCAUUUGUCCACUUUUGGCUACAUUGCAGUAUUAAGUCAGGUAUGUGAUCUGUCUUAUCACAAAAAAAGUUUUAAUACAAUUGCAAGCUGUUUUGAUCCGAAUUUUUAAUCUGAAAGUUUUAUAUCCACCAUUAUCCAUUCCAGACUUUAUCCCCUUAGAGUUAGUUGUGAACCAACACAGCCAUAUAUUUGAGCUGUAAAGCAGCUGGAGCAGGAGCCAAGCUGAAAAAUGGGAGUUUGCGCAGCUCUCUGAGCUGGCUCAAAGACGCCAGGAGAAGAUAUUUGAAAUGUAAAACCAAUUUUGAAGCUUGCUGGAAUAAAGCAGAUCAAUUUUAAUCAUUUGCAUAUGUGAUCAAUGCUGACUAAUAAAUGUUUGGAGCAGGCUUAAAAAGGUUCAAAGGCUUCUCAUGACAAUGUUAACCACCACUUGUGCAAAGAAACGAACCAAAAACUGUCUGUUAAUAUAUCAAUACUAUGUUUCUCCUGAUUCAAAUGAAAUCUUGUCUUUAGGUUCCCAAGGUCGUGCAGAAGCGCAAGGCAAUCGCAACUACAUCAUUGAGAAAAUGUUUGCAGACAUUGAAGAGAUUAUCCGAGUCUUACAACUGACCACUUAUGAUGAGGACGAAGGAGACGACCCAAUCAAUGAUAUGAGAAAAGCUGCUUCAAUCAUUAAUAAUAAGAUGGAUCUUGCCCACUCCUGGUUGAAUGACCCCAAUGCUGAUGCUGGAGGUCUAGGUAAGACUAAAGUGCCUUUAUUUACUGGAAUGUUCUACCAACUUUUUAUAAUGUUUUCUCUUGAGAUCCAGUAAGCUGUUCUCCAUUAUUUUUAAUUAAUUGUUUUUCCUGGGGUCUGGUAAGGCAUGUCAACCCUUUUUUCCUCCAGUGUUGCUCAUCUUCUUAAUCAUUAAUCACUACCACCACUAAUCCACCAUUGAUCAUCAUCAGAUGGUGUUAUUACACCAUUGUCAUCAUCAUCACCAUCAUCACCACCACCAUCAUCAUCAUUACCAUCAUCUUUAUCAUCAUAAUCAACAUCAUCUUUAUUACUGUAUCACCACAUCUUGACCACCAUCAUCAUCACCAUCAUCAUCAUCAUUACCACCAUCAGAUGGUGUUAUCAUCGCCAUCAUUAUCAUCAUCAUGAUUAUCAUCAUUUUGUCCAUCUUCUUUCACAAUUGGGGUGAGACUUGAUCUUCCUCCAUCUUGCUUGUCACAUUUCUCUACCAUCUUCAACAUUCUGACUUCGUUUUGAGACAUGUCCAAACCAUCAAUGUCAUUUCCCCCAUAUCUCUUCCAAACCACAUCUUUUAGCCACUGGCCACUCCAGCCUGCAAUGUCACUCCAGCCAUAUACCCAAGUAUCCGUUAAUCUCAGUCACAUAUGUUUCCCCACUGGAGUUACCAAAGGAGACCUGCACUAUUCUAUAUUUAUCUCAAAUGCAUAAAUAUAGAACGCGCGUACUGUAAAACUAGCUCAAAACUAGUUGUUCAUAUUCCCCAGGUGAAUCCGCUGUGCGAAACAUCAUCAACCAGGGUCGCCAGGCAGCUGCCGCGGCUUCAGAUCCGGAAAAAACUCGCAUUGAGAAAGUCUGUAACGAACUUGAUAAAUUGCUGGAUGAUUUAGCAGCACUGAGGAGACAAGGAAAGGUAUGAAAAAAGAAGCCAUUUGAUACAUACAAGUAUAAUAUACAGUGUAUUUUAGAUGAAGUUUUAAUUUAUCUCGACUGAAAUCUUAUAUCAAAAAAGUUUUUUUAGUACUAUUGAUAAAAACUGAACCAAGUCUUUAACCAGCCCUUGUGGUGUCGUGAUCACCACGCUUGCCUUGCUGGGAGACCCGGGUUCAAUCCUUGGUCGGACCUCUGCUCAAGGUCUUAAAAUAUUUGAGAAGAAAGUGCUACCUUUACAUUGACAUCAGUAAAUGGCUAAGCCUAGUUUCCAUAUGGUCGUAAAAAUAGAGUCACGAUCUUUCUCAUGCAACAGCCAGUUUAUAAUAGUUUAUAUCUGUAAACCACAUAUAAAUCAUAAGUAUUCUCUAGUUAUAAUCACUCCGCGUAUUUUCAGUUCUAAAAUGUUGUAUUUCGGCUGAUGAGAAAGAUCGCGACUCAAUCUUUACGACCUUGACGACCAUAUGGAAACCAGGCUUUAGAUUUUCGCGUCUUCUCGGAUAAGGACGUUAAAUCGUAGGAUAACCACGGAUCCCCUAUCAAUUCGGCAAUAUCCUGUUGGGCAAUCCGCUCACCAAUGAGUGCGAAUUCAAUAAACAUGUUAUUAAAGCAAAGGUCUUUAUAUAUUUCUCAGGGAACAAGUCCUGAAGCUCAGAGAUUGGUCCAACAAAUCAAAGAGAAACUCGGUGUCCUUCAGAACGACAUUGAAGAUGCCAUUCAACAUCAGGCCAUUACAGGGGGAAAGAAACCCAACAUAACGUUCGCUGGCAAGCGCGAUCAGGUUCAGGAAUGGUUGCAUAAUCCCGCUGGAGACCCAUCUGGUUUGGGUAAGAUUUCAUUACGUUUAGUAAAACAUAAUAUAACCAUUGUAGAGCAUUGGGCUAGUAUUCCAAAGGUCGUAGGUUCGAUUCCCACCGUGGUCAGGCAUAUUUUUCAAGCUUGCCCGGUGUGGAUAUACACUCAGAGUAACAUCACAAGCAUCUUAUUCACCUGAGUACAUUGCACCAACACAGAAAAUAUCAUAAUAUAACCAUACGAAACAGAACGAGCUUUAUUUAUCAUAUUGGAUAGCAAUAUUAGUUCUACACACGUAAAAACACACAAGUUAUAACAAACCUGCAGCAGACUUGUAGCAAUUCUGUUCCAACAACUUGUCAACAGGAUGUGUUCACAUUGCUUGUUCCCAGCUUGUUGGCAAUUUGUCUGCGACUUGUUGACAACUUGCUACAAGGUUGUUGAGCUUACUGUAACAGACUUGUUACAAGUUGUUCCAACAACUUGUUAUCGUCCUGCAAUUCAACAAUUUGUCGACAAGUUGUAUGUGACAACCUUGUAGCAACUUGAUGAAAUAACAGCAUUGUUACAACUUGUUGACAAGCUUGCUACAAGCCUGUUGCGAACACAUCUUGUUGACAAGUUGUGAGAUUUUUGCGUGUGUAGAGGAAGGGGAUUUAGCUAAACCAAACGCUGUAUUUUAUCGCUGUAAACUAUCAUCUUUCAUUUAUUCAAGGCUGUUUCCUUUCUAUUUUCUCGUUAGCGCAAGAAGCUAUCGCUCAAUGUGUUCAAGAUGCAAGAAAUUUCGCGAAGAAUUUAUCUGGACCGGAACGAAAAGAGAUUAUGGAUCUGGCAGACGACGUCGAGCAUCUUUCUAAAAAACUUGCAGACCUCAAGAGGCAAGGCAAGGUAUGUGUCGCGUCCAAUCCUUAAGGUAAAAUAAUGAGUGAUAAGCGUGCAAGUGAUGAACCAGGCGGGAAUCGUAAUCGCAAUAUAAAAUUAAUACCCAGCAUAACGUACGCAAAAGAGCCAUAUAGACAAGUAUAUACUGUAGACAUAAAAUUUAUUUGAGAAAUACUAACGUUUCGUCUUUAACUUAAGACAUCUUCAGAGUAAAUGAAUAUAGUAUGACAAUGAGUUACAAAUAUAAUAGUAAUUUAUUCAUAUUUGUAACUCAUUGUCAUACUAUAUUCAUUUACUCUGAAGAUGUUUUAAGUUAAAGACGAAACGUUAGUAAUUCUCAAAUAAAUUUUAUGUUGUUAUGCUGGGCAUUAAUUUUUGUAUUGCGAUAAGCUUGCCAUUAAUUUUUACGACUACAGCAAUUUAUGUUCUUUCUGUACAUGUUCUAUCGUUCAGAAACUUUUAUACAUACAGUACUAUACAUACUAUAGUAUGUACGUUAAAAACUCGUUAAUAAUUCACGAGGAAAAGCCAAAGGAAGAAAAUCACUGCCAUGUCGGUGGUUUUGUAUGCGAGUAUAAAGUCAUAUUAUUGAUUUACAUUUAUUUUCAACAAACAAUGCCUUUCAGAAUUCAGAUGAUCUGCUUUUCAAAGGGCCGUGCUCACUGUCUACAUAAAUAUUACAAUUAUAACAAAUUACGUAAAUACUAGAAAUUUUACAAAGUUAAGAAGUGGAGAUUAUUGGACCAUUUGCAUUAUAUAGACUAAAUUUUGAUCUCAACAAUUCUAGAUAUAAUUUAAUCACAGCUUGAAAGAGCAUCACAAAAUUAGUAAUAUUCCAAGUUUCGUUGCGAAAUGUUGUAAAAUGCGGAUAAUAUAGCCUUGCGAAGUUUGCCGUUUUUCAGUCAUUUUCUAUUACAAACGGGAAAUUGACAGCCCCAAAGUGUAUUGGGCUGUCAAUUUCCCCCGCGUAAUGCAAAAUGACUGAAAAAAGGCAAACUUCGCAAGGCUAUAUUAUCCGUAUUUUACAACAUUUCGCAACGAAACUUUGGAAUAUUACUAAUUUUGUGAUGCUCUUUCAAGCUGUGAUGAAAUUUUUAUCUAGACUUGUUGAGAUCAAAAUUUAGUCUGUAAUGCAAAUGGCCCAUUGUCUAGAUGUUUUUUGAAAGAAUUAAGAGAAAGAGUUAACGUUACUUUGAAUAUGAUCAUCUGGACUAUUCCAGCUCACAGCUCCUCUGUAAGUAGCCUGCGAACAGGCUCUUUGAAUUUAAUCAAAUUUCAAAGAGAGUUCAAAGAGAGCCUGUUCGCAGGCUACUCUGUAAGACAAUCUUCUCAUUUUGGGCUUAUCUAACGAAAGAUUUAUAUUCCCACUACCCAAGAUUGGCGAUAUAUCUUGGAAAUUGAAGUGUCCCUUUUUUGUCGUAGGGUAAUUCUCCAGAGGCUCAGGAGAUCGCGCGUCAACUUGAAGCGAAAUUAGGAGACCUGGAACGAGCGUUACAACGAGCAGUAGCAGGACGUGUUGGGGAUGACUUCAUGGACGUUCAGGGACCUUUGAAGCAACUUGAAAGAGCUGCCAAAGCACCGCUAGGUAUUAUUGUCGAUUUCAAGUCAUUUUCAACGCGCGGUUCCCAAGUUCGUUGCAAACUUGCCAAUUACGUUUUCAAGUUCAAAAAUUGCGCGUGAACUUUGCAACAAAGUUUGCAAGUACAUUUCAAUGUUUAAACUAUUGUAAACAAAUGUUCAUUGAAAUUAACAAUCCAAUGGAAAGUUCUUGUAUUUCAUUGAAUUAGUUAUUAUAAUUGAGUAUGAACACUUGUUUACAAACUUCCGAACUUUGUUGCGAAGUUCGCGCCCAAUUUCCGAACUUGGAAACGUAAUUGGCAAGUUCGCAACGAACUUGGGAACCGCGCGUUGAAAAGUGAUUUGAAAUCGACAAUAAACACGCCUUAAUAAAAUAAACAUAGAGUGCUGAAGAUAGAGUGCUGAUAAAGAUAGAGUGCUGAAUGUGACUCAUAACCCCAGUCGUCUGUUUAAUAAGGAAUAUUGUUACAAAGCCUGCACGCCAUUGCUGCCUUUUGUGUCUCCCGCGAACCCGCCUGCGCAUUGUAAUAAUAGAGAGUUUAAGAUAUUAUACUCGCCUUCGGCUCGAGUUUGUAUAUCCGAUACAACACCGCUGCUCAUGUUGUAAAUAUAGUACUUAUUAAAGAGACGACUGAGGACGACAAUGUCAAUCUUUAAUGUCCCUAUUCUGUUUCCCAGGCGCCCCGAAUCGUGAUGUUGACUUCUCAAACAAGGCCGCAAACUUUGUGGAACAUGGACAGAAACUUGCCGACACAGCAAGUCUGGUUGCAAACUUUGGUGCACCGUCUGCAGAUAAACAGUUACUGGAUCAGAUUAACGCCGCUGGACAGGAGGUAGAUACAGUAGAGUAGUAAACCUUGGAGUGACUUGUUACAGCCCUUGAAACUAAGGGUGGCAGGUCUCCGGUCAAAAGGACCGGUCAACUUGAUUUUAGCUCAAUCAAAAUCUGUUUUUGACCGGUCAUUGAUACGCUUACACUAACAGUGAAACAAACUAUUAGAAACUUGUUUCGAUACAUCGGGAAAAGUUUCAAGACGUCAGCAAUCACAUUGGAAGGCAUGAAAAUGUGGCCGGUCAAAAUGACCGGUGAGGUAAAAAAGUGACCGGUCAAGAGGCAUUUUCGGCCCUGCAGUCUAGGUAUGUAGGCCGUUAUUUUGAGCCCUGCAGUCUAGGAAGACGUUAGUGGCCAGUUGUAUCUCUAGGUUGUCAAUCCUCGAAGCUAUCUUGGCAUUUGGCAGUGCCCAUCUACACACGUAAAACGGACACGUUGUAACAAAUCUGCAGCAGACUUGUAGCAAUGUUGUUCUAACAACUUGUCAACAGGAUGUGUGAGAGUACAACGAAUUUUUCGUUGUACUCCGCAGUUUCAGAAUAAUAUGAAAAUAGUUUCUACUUUCAGAAUCCCUCGGCAUUUUUUGCGCGAUUAAUUUUAAUUUUUUUUUCAUUUGAUGUGUUAGGUGCGCAAUCUCACGCCUCAAGUGGCACAUGCAGCCCGCGUUCUUCUCAACAAUCCGACCAAUCCCAACGCCCAGGAACAUUUUGAAGAAAUGAAGAAACAAUGGAGUGAUAGAGCAGACACUUUAACUAACCUUGUUGACCAGGGCACUGACAGAGUGAAAUUCCUCGAGGCUUCAGGUUUGUAGAAUUAACUCUAUUUAUACUGGAUAGCUCUAUCAGUUCUAGACUGUUCUCCCUAGAGGUCCAGUAAGGAUCAUCCCUUAUUGAUCCAGUGUUACUACAGGAGGAAACCUAAACUAAACUAAUUUUAUUUAUACAGGAUAGCUCCAUCAGUUCUAGACUGUUCUUCCUAGAGGUCCAGUAAGGAUCAUCCCUUAUUGAUCCAGUGUUACUACAGGAGGAAAUCUAAACUAAACUAAUUUUAUUUAUACUGGAUAGCUCUAUCAGUUCUAAACUGUUCUUCCUAGAGGUCCAGUAAGGAUCAUCUCUUAUUUAUCCAGUGUUACUACAGGAGGAAACCAAAACUAAACUAACUUUAUUUAUACUGGAUAGCUCUAUCAGUUCUAAACUGUUCUCCCUAGACAUCCUGUAAUAGUCAUCCCUUACUGGUCCAGUGUUACUACAAGAGGAAGGUUAACCUAAACUAAACUAACUUUGUUCAUACUGGAUAGCUCUAACAGUUCUAAACUGUUCUCCGUAGAGGUAAAGUUAGGAUCGUCCAGGGUUACUGUUGUCAGGUUCCUCGUUUCUACCUCUUGACUUAUUUACUUAUCUCUUAACAGAGGACGCCAUCAAACAAGAUCUUGCCGACCUCAAAUCAGCAGCAGCUGACCAAGACCCACAGGUAUAGAUACUUCUGGUACAAGACGCGAGUCGGAUAUUUACAACUACAAUUAGAUCAAUUUGACAAUUAGAUUCGGACAUUCAAUUUUUAUUGUGAGUCACCUUCAUGGAUUAAUUUGGUAAUAUUUACCUUUAUUUACUCGUACUUACAUGAAAAUAAAUAUUUUAUUUCUCUAGCUUGUCGCAUCAAAGACGUCCAGUGCGGCAAGACGUGCAAACCGUGUCGUGUCCGUCGCACAGAUGGAGCUCGAUAAUUCUGAAGAUCCACAAUACAUUGCGACCUUGACUAUACCACUUGAUGAUCUAUCUGGAAGUAAGUCACACAACAGGCGGACAUUUCCUAGAGGUUCAGUAAGAGUCAUUUCUUAUCGUUUCAGCGUUACAUAUGAGACUGAGGUGAAAUUAUAACAGGAAUGAUACGUAAAGUUUUGGAAAUGGAUGGCAAGAAGAACAAAAUCCAUCACCACAGCUAGAAAGAGCAUCUUAAAAUUAGUAAAAUUGCCAAGUUUGGUUGCGAAAUGUUGUAAAAUGAGGAAAAUAUAGCCCGACGAAAUUUGCAAAUUUUGUAUUAAUUUGUAUUACGCACGGGAAAAUGCACCACUUUCGGUCCAAAUGUGGUGCAUUUUCCCGCGCGUAAUACAAAUUAAUACAAAAUUUGCAAAUUUCGCAGGGCUUUAUUUUCCGCAUUUUACAACAUUUCUCCACCAAACUUUGCAAUUUUACUAAUUUUAACAUGCUCUUUCUAGCUGUGGUGAUGGAUUUUGUUCUUCUUGCCCAGAUCAAAAUUUAGUCUUUAGCUGGAAUUUACCUAUUGAUUGAGGUAUUUUCCAGGGCCUGGAAAAUCUUGGAAAAUCUAUUGGAAAGUUUUGGAAAAGUUUUUGAAAUUCAAAGGGACGAAGCUGUACGAACUCUGUCAUAAUCAAGCAACUGUAUAUUGCAGGAAUUCAACCCCGGAUGGGAAACUACAUCCCCUCUAUCAUUGAGACACCAUCUCAUUGUUGUAUAACGUAAUUUUCUUUAGAUAUAACUCCAUUUGUGAACAUAGCCAAGACCGUAGCAACGAAUCCAACAGAUGUGCAUGCUCAAAGAAGAUUGUCUGAUUCUGCUCAAAAGGCAAGAAAAUACUACUAAGUUAUCUAUCUCGUAUUUAUUUACAAAGAGGGAAGAGGGAGGAGGGUGGUGUAUUGUUAUUGGAGGGGGGAGGGGGUUAAUAAAUUGCUUCCUCUAAAAAGGAAGUGGGAAGUUAUUUUAGAGUGAGGUUUUAUCAAAGAAGAUUGUCUGAUUCCGUUCAAAAUGCGAAAAAAUGUUACUUGUGUUUCUUUACAAAGAUGAAGGACGGUAGUUCACUAUUAUUGGGGCGAGGGAGACUAAUAAAUCCCUCCCUCUAUAAAGGGAGUGCAUGGGUGUUGCUUGCGAGGGAGGCUUCAUUGUUAAGACAAGCUUUCUUAGAUUUUGAGCCAGUUAAAAUUAUUCGCCUUCUACGGUCGACUUUAGGAACUUUCCGAUGUGUUCUACACACGUAAAAAUCUCACAUCUUUUAACAAGUCUGCCAACAAGCCGUCAACAAGAUGUAUUCGCACUGCUUGUCACUAGUUGUCAACAGGUUUGGAACAACUUGUAACAACCUUGUUGAAAUUAUCAGACUUGUUGCAAGGUUGUUCUGACAAGUCUGUUACAUGCUUGAUAUAACACGAUUGUUACAACCUUGUGUUGACAACCGUGUAACAUCCUUGUUAUAUCAUGGCUGUAACAAACUUGUUAGCUCAGUCUUGUAACAAGGCUGAUAAUGGCAUCAAGCUUGUUAGAAGUUGUUAACAGCUUGUUCCAAACUUGUUACAAUAAACUGGGAACAAGCAGUGCGAACACAACUUGUUGACAGCUUGUGAACAGACGUGUAACAACUUUGUUUGCAGACUUGCUACAAGCUGUGCGUUUUUACGCGUGUAGAAUACAGUAUAAGCAUGAUGACCUGUUAGAAAACGCUGUUACAUUUUGCAGCGAAGCAAGCAAUUUACUCGAGAUCAAAGCUGAUUGUAUUUUUCCACUUUCCAGAUCAAUGACUCAGUAAGUGGUAUACGUUACGCCGUUGCCCAGAACAUGAUGACCGAGCCCGAACCAGACUUCCCUCCUCCUCCACCGGAAAUACCUGAUAUUAUACCGGAAGUGAGCAGGAUGCACAUCGCAGGUAACCACCAGUACUGUAUUAAGGCCCGUUUACAACGGCGAUUUUUGCUGCGAUUUCAGUUGCGAUUUUCUCCUUUUGAAGGAUGUGAAGGAGUAGAUCAGUUAUAAAUGUUCCAGGUUAUGAAAUCUCAUAACAACAUCAUUAAGUAAUCUACUCCUUCACAUCCUCCAAAAGGAGAAAAUCGCAGCAAAAAUCGCCCGUGUAAACGGGCCUUUAAGGUCCGUUUACACUUGCCAUUUUCGCUGUGAUUUCUAGUGCGAUUUUCGUCUUCUCAUGGAUGUGAACGAGUGGAUGAGUAUGAAUGUUCUGAAUGUGUGUACCCUCAUCUGAACAUUCAUAGCUCAUCCACUCGUUCACAUCCAUCAGAGGGAGAAAAUCGCAGCUGUAUAUACCCAACUGUACAUUUUACAUAAACUUCUGCGUGUCCAAAAUGCAUUGCAAGUUGGAGCAAAAUUGUCUCGUGUACAGUGAGACACCACCUUGUAUAUUUUAUACACUCGUGUUAUGAAUAUUAUGUACUAUUUAAAACGCGAGCAGGAGUGCUUUGUCAGAUAUAAACACACGCUCCGUUUCAGUUUGGGUAUAAAAUUGAGUAUUUUGAUAGCGUGGCCUUUCACGCUAUAUAAUAAACCUCGUAAUAAACGCCUGAUAAAUAAUCAGUGCUAGCACAACGGCUCCAAAAUCACAACAAAUAACAGAGUAUAACGUAAAUUAAAAACAGCAAAGCUUUACCUACCUCGAUCUAUUCUUCUAAGGCACUCGAUUAUGUAAAUUUUUGGCGAACAAUCAACAUUUUCUUUGCGUUUGCUCGACGAAAACCAUGGACGAAAAUGUGCACAUGAUUCAAAAUAUAUUAUUAUGCCCGUAAAUUCUCGUCAGUAUUUGUCGUAUUUGACGUAUUACCUCAUGUUCCACGUGAUCUGCCGCAAGUUUCACCACCAACAACGGACACGAAUUUUAAGCUAUAUGAUAGUUACAUGCCAUAUAUGGCUUUUAAGCUAUAUGAUAGUUGCAUGCCAUAUUAUUAUCUCACAGAAAUGUAUUUUUCUUCAGAGGAAUGUCCCCCACCGCCAAGGCCACCCCCUCCGUCAGUUGAAGUGGUAGUUCCCCCACGUCCACCACCACCGUCAGAACCCAUGGAUGCCCAAGUUGUGGAGAUGUUACAACGCCCUCCGGAGGAUAACAGAAUUGCUGUGAGUAAAACAAUUUACAUUGGGAGGAGAAUCUUUUGUAUGUUACGUAACACGCGCUCAAUCAAUAUAUGUUCCUACUUGGUUACGACUAUAUUCAAUUUUUUAAAUUUUUGAUACCUUACUCAAACGGCAAACAAACUUUAAAAAUAUGUCUAGUGCUUUAUCUGUAAAAUUAUGCUAAAAUGAAGAGAUUUUAGAUGGUACGCCAAAGAGAAAAUGAUGUCUGAAGUUCAGUAAAUUUUGCUUAUAUUGCUGUAUAAAUAUAUGGCGUCAAUUUUACAGCAUCAAUAAUAAUUGUAUUUAAAUUGACAGUAUUUAACUAUUAUUUUGUGUUUCUCAACCACAAGAUACAUUUAAAAAGGUUGCUAACUGUGUGAACUACAAAAUAGAACUAAAGCAAAGUAAUUGUGAGAGGAAAAAGCCAAAACGAUUUUAGGUUUUGAACACUUUUAAUCGCAAAUGCGUGACAGUGAAAUAAAUUGCCUCUUAGUAGCUUCGUUGAUUAUCUUUCAAAUGAGCUACAGCUGAAUAUAUUAGAGAGAUUUAAAUUUGACUUCCACUAUCGCUAUACCAUUAAGGGACGCUUAACCAAUCUGAUGCGUUUGAUAUGCACACGUAAAAUUCUCCCAAGUUGUCAACAGGAUGUGUUCGCAACAGGCUUGUGGCAAGCUUGUCAACAAGUUGUAAGAACGCCGUUAUUUCAUCACGUUGCUACAAGGUUGUCACUCACAACGUGUUGACAAAUUGUUGGGACAACUUGUAACAAGUUUGUUGAGCUCAACAACCUUGUAGCACGUUGUCAACAAGCCUUUGAGAACUUGUCAACAAGCUGGGAACAAGCAGUGCGAACAACAUCCUGAUGACUAGUUGUUGCAACAAGUUUGGAGCAAGCAAGUAACAAGCUUGAUGGCAUUAUCAGAUGUGUGUAAUGGACGUAGAAUAUCAUUCUUAAGCCUGGUUUCCAUAUGGUCGUAACGGUCGUAAAGAUUGAGUCACGAUCUUUCUCGUCAGCCGAAAUACAAUAUUUUAGAACUGAAAUUACGCGGAGUGAUUAGAACUGGAGAAUAUUUAUGAUUUGUAUGUGGUUUACAGGUAUAAACUAUUGUAAACUGGCCGUUGAGAAAGAUCGUGACUCUAUUUUACGACUAUUACGACCAUAUGGAAACCAUAAAAUUUUCUAAAAAAAAUACAAAAAAACCUCGACCUUCCAUAACCUGAGUUCUUGCAACAAGAAUAUGGAACUGAGGUAUUUUUCCCCCCAAACCACUGUAUUUAGCAACUUCGAAUUAAAAAAUCUGUUUUAUUCCAGAUGGCGGCUCAUCAGCUUCACAGAGAGACGGUGAGAUGGGAGGAACAAGGCAAUGAACUGGUCGCUGCGGCCAAGAAACUCGCUGUAUUAUUUGCGAAAAUUGCCAGAUUUAUGAGGUGUGUGUGUGUGUGUGUUGGGUUUUGUUUGUAUUGAGAUAAUUCCAUUCGGUUCUCGUCAGCUAUAGGAAAUAUAUUUCUAGAUGGGAACAACAAUACUUAAAGAUUUUCACCCGUAAGGCUUUGUUUCCAUUUUAAUCAACUCGUGUAAAUGGACUCCUAUCUUGUCUACACGCGUAAAACUCUCACAUCUUGUAGCGACAAGUUGUGUUCGCACUGCUUGUCUCAAGUUGUCAACAAGUUUGGAAUGAGCUGUUAACAACUUGUAACAACCUUGUUGAUAUUAUCAGACUUGUUGCAAGGUUGUUAUAACAAUAUUGUUACAACCUUGUGUGGUCAACCUUGUAACAUUCUUGUUAUAUCUUGACUGUAUCAGACUUGUUAGAACAACCUUGGAACAAGUCUGAUAAUGCCAUCAAGCUUGUUACAAGUUGUUAACAGCUUGUUCCAAACUUGUUACAACAGAACUGGGAACAAGCAGUGCGAACACAACUUGUUGACAGCUUGUGAACAGAUUUGUAACAACUUUGUUUGCAGAGUAUAUUAGCACUAUAUACACAUGUAAAAACGCACAAGUUGUGACAAACCUGCAGCAGACCUGUAGCAAUGCUGUUCCAACAACUUGUCAAUAGGAUGUGUUUGCAUUACUUGUUCCCAGCUUGUCAAACGGCUUCUUGACAACUUGCUACAAUGUUGUUGAGCUCAACAGACUUGUUACUAUACAAUUACUUUAUGGUUUCCGUGUUUGGAUGGCCUGAUCCAAACACGCGGGAAUGUUGCGAGGGUUAAGAAAACAGGCGAGCAGUGAUAUGGUUCACGGAGUCAAGUUUGUGAGUGACAACCUUGUAGCAACUUGAUGAAAUAUCAGCAUUGAUACAACUUGUUGACAAGCUUGCCACAAGCUUGUUGCGAACACAUCUUGUGUUGAGAAGAUUUUUGCGUGUGUACUGUGUAGUUUUAUCUUAUCUUGUAAAAGCAUUGAGCGCUGUAUGUUCCUAAAACGUAUGUAUUAUUAUCAAAUAAGGCUUAAAUAAGUUCUUUAUUUCUUUUUACUUACAGUGAGGAGGAAGACGGCAAAGCUAGAUCAAAGAAAGAAUUAAUUGAACUGGCUAAACUGAUCGCCAAAGAAAGCAAAGAGGUCGUCAAGCUAUCUCGCGCCAUGGCUAACAAAUGCACGGACAAAUCCAUGAAGAAAAAUUUGCUGACAGUCAUUGAUAGAAUACCCACCAUUAGUACACAACUCAAGAUUGUUGCCACUGUUAAAGCUACUAUGAUUGGAGCUGAUGGUUAGUAUAGGGUCAUAUUUGGUUACUACCCUAAGGAGUAGGGUUGUAUUUAGUUAUUAUCGUAAUCCCUGGGUGAAGGGUUAUAUUCAGUUAUUACCCUUUGAUGAAGGGUUAUAUUUAGUUACUACCCUUUGACGAAGGGUUAUACUGUAUUUAGUUAUUACCCUUUGAUGAAGGGUUAUAUUUAUAGUUAUUUAGUACCCUUUGAUGAAGGAUUAUAUUUAGUUACAGUAUUACCAUGGGGGUAUAUUUAUUGGUAGGACACCAACCAUUACCACACAACUGAAGAUCGUUGCCAAACUUGCCAUAUAUACAUAUAGCGGGUAAUAUUUUGUUAUUACCCUGAGUAAUAGGGUUAUAUUGAGUUAUUACCCUUGAGUUGUGGGUGUUAUUACCGUGGCUAACUUAGAUAUUUUCCCACUUCAGACGAGGGCGCGGACCAAGAAGCAACUGAAUCCUUGGUAGGCUGCGCCGAAAAUCUCAUGUCAGCGGUUCGUCAAACCGUCCGAGAGAGCGAGGGGGUUGGGGUAAAGAUUCGCAGUGAUAUGGUUCACGGAGUCAAGUUUGUCAGACGAGAUUAUCCACGAUAA